AUGAUCGCCUUCACACACUUUUAUUAUCGUCACUACCACUUUCUAUCUCUAUUUGAUGAUUUAUCGUCUUAUCACAAUUUUUCGAGAGACCGCCCAAAUCGCGGAUCGCUAAUGGCUUAUUUACGAACUAGCACCCUUUUGGUGCUCGCCACUCUUAUACCUCUCGAGCAAGGAUUUUAUGUGCCUGGAGUGGCUCCGGUUGAUUUCAAAGCCGGAGAUGUGAUCGAUGUCAAGGCUAUUAAACUGACAAGCUCAAAUAAUAUCAUGCCUUUCGAAUACUACUCGGUUCCAUUUUGUAAACCAGCAAAUGGAGAUAUCCAAUACAAAUCAGAAAACUUGGGAGAAGUUAUGAGAGGUGAUCGAAUCGUUAACACUCCAUAUGCUUUCCAUAUGAAGAAGAACGAACAGUGCGUGUCAGUAUGCUCGAAUAAAUUGUCAAAAGAAAAUGUCGCCUUGUUCAAAGAAAGAAUUCGACAGGAAUAUUCUGCUCAUUUAAUCGUCGACAAUUUGCCAGUUGCUACUGUUAUCAAUCCAGCGCAAUCUGGAGACGUGUACUACGAUUUGGGAUACCGUCUCGGAUGGAUUGGCGACAAUGCAAAAGUUUUUCUCAACAACCAUCUUCAAUUUGUCGUCAAGUACCAUCAGCACACUCCAGGGCUCUACAGAGUCGUUGGAUUCGAAGUCCGCCCACGAUCGAUCUCCGCCACGAAGAACGAUGAUGGAACUUGCUCGAUGCCAGAUGAUGGAACGAAGCAUGUCGAACUUGGGGACUCUGAACAAUCCGUUGAUUUUUCAUAUUCAGUAGCAUUUGAAGAGAGUGAUGUUCCAUGGGCUUCAAGAUGGGAUGUUUACCUGACUACCAAGGCUGUCGAUAUUCAUUGGUUCAGUAUUCUCAACUCAAUUGUUGUCGUUUUGUCACUUUCUGGCUUUGUAAGUGUCACUAUUGUUCGUACAGUACGUCGUGAUAUAGCUCAAUAUAACCGUGAUGAUGAAGAAGACGACACAUUAGAGGAGACAGGAUGGAAGCUUGUCCAUGGAGAUGUCUUUCGUCCUCCACCACAUCAAAUGAUCCUUGUGAAUAUGGUUGGAACCGGAAUUCAACUUCUCGGAAUGUCAGCGAUUGUUGUUGUCUGUGCGAUGCUUGGUAUGCUUUCUCCAGCUUCGCGAGGAUCUUUGAUGUCUGCUGCCGUGUUCCUCUUCUGUUUCAUGGGACUUAUCUCUGGAUAUCAUGCAGGUCGUCUCUACAAAACAAUGAAGGGACGUAAUCCGAUUAGAUGUGCAGUCCAAACGGCUACUCUAUUUCCAUCUCUGAUCCUUGGAGCAGGCUUCCUUCUCAACUUUUUCCUAAUCGGAAAACAUUCGUCAGGAGCUGUUCCGUUUGGAACAAUGGUUGCUCUUCUCAUCAUGUGGUUCUGUAUCGACAUGCCGCUGAUCUUCCUCGGUUUUUACUUUGGAUAUCGCAAGCAACCGUACACUCACCCUGUCAGAACCAAUCAAAUUCCUCGUCAAGUUCCGGAGCAACCCUGGUUCCUCCGUCUUAUUCCCAGUUCACUCAUCGCUGGAGUUCUUCCAUUUGGAGCCAUGUUCAUCGAACUUUUCUUCAUUUUUAACGCCAUCUGGGAAAAUCAAUUCUAUUAUUUAUUCGGGUUCCUCUUCAUUGUAUCCAUCAUUCUUGCCAUUUCGACGGCUCAAAUCUCGGUUGUGGCCACCUACUUCUCCUUGUGCGCUGAAAAUUAUCGCUGGUGGUGGAGAUCGUUUGUCAUUUCUGGUGGAUCAUCAUUCUAUGUAAUGGCCUAUGCUGUGUUCUACUAUAACACGAAGCUUACCAUUGAAGGAUUUGUACCAACAGUUCUCUACUUUUCUUAUUCAUCUCUCAUCGCAUUGACAUUCUUCUUCAUGACCGGAACAAUCGGUUUCUACGCUUCACAUUUCUUCCUCACCAAGAUUUAUGCAGCCGUCAAAAUCGAUUAAUUGCUCUCACCCUACCCUCGUCUGCUCCCGAUGAGCAUAUUUUUGUUCUUCCUGUGUGUUUCUUUCAUUUUCCACCCACCCAUCACAUUCCCCUGUGCUUUUUUAACUGUAUAAACCUUCCCAACUAGACACAUCAAAAAUGGUUGUUUUAAAAUUAUAAAUAUUUAUUUUUAUGUAAAUUUCCUUCUCUCUCCCUUUACUCUUUUUCACCCCGCGACAUAAUCCAUUCUCGUUUCCCGUACUUUACUUCCAAAAUUAUUGUGAUAGCUAGAACUUCACCCAUCCGCAGUUUUAAUGUGUAUUUUUAUUUAAUAAUAAGGCAUUUGGAAAACAGUAUUCACAAGUUGCUUCAAAAGUAGAUCCCACUUGAUUCAGUACUUAUUGUGCAUGAAUUUGUUGUGAAUAG